AUGUUUAUGAGAGACUUUCUCUGUGUAACAAACCCGUCUUGGAAUUCCUAUCGUAGGGUUUCGUUGUUGUUUUCUCUGUUGUACGUAUACAUUACCGUAGCGUAUCCUGGGGAGAUACAUAGGGUCUCAUCUCUACUACAGUGCAACCAGUGCAUUGGCAGUCUUCAUCAGUUGUGCACGGAUCUUCUAUGUCGUAAAUCAAUUGGUCGAGCAUAUUUCUUGCAGGGUUGUACUCGCAUCCUACAAGUGUCAUGCUUGGGCACCAUUGAACUGCGCAACCGAUUUUGUCACUCGAUUGCCAAGCCACCUGCGUGUAGUGACCAACAUGGCGAUUGAAAACCUCUAUAGUCAGGAUAUUAUCAUCUGGCACACCAUUCCACUGUAAUUCCGAGAACCAAUCCUGGACGCUAUUUAUAGCAGACUCCGUCUUGUUGAAAUUAGUCUCUGUUAUCAUCCAUAGGUUUUGCCCCCAAUUGUCUCUUUGGGCAUACGAGUCAUGUUCGAAAUUGCACUUUUUUGCAUAUGCUGCCAUAUUUGCUUCUACUUCGCAGUCGUAUCUCACUUUUAGCAUUCGGGCUGCUUUCGGAGCAAAUCCUCCAAGUUCAUUUUUGGCCUGUCCUUUAGCAAUAAGAGAUCGAUACUCAUUCUGCUUAUCAACAAAAGCCUGCCUAAUUUCAUCGGUCAUGGGAAAUAUGCUCGACCAAUUGAUUUACGACAUAGGAGAUCCGUGCACAACUGAUGAAGACUGCCAAUGCACUAGUUGCACUUGUAGCAGAGAUGAACGACUUUGUAUUGCUCCUUAA